AUGGCAGCUUCCACCUUCGUCACCAGUCAGUACGCCUCGGAUGUUUUCGUGGAGAGUUGUGGUGCCAUCGUCUUCGACUUGUCAGCAGAGCCGCUUAAAGUCUGCCUGCUCCAUUAUCUCGCCUACAACGAAUGGCUCCUUGCGAAGGGAAGACGCAACUGCGGCGAGUCAAGACACGAGGCUGCACUAAGAGAAGUGUUGGAGGAGACAGGCUUCCAGUGUAGGCUGCUGCCUGUCGACAUGUCCACGAGGGCGCCGGCACCAGAUGACGACGCGAACGCUCCAGAUACAGCAGCUACGCGUCAGGGAAUUCGAGAACCGUUCAUGUUGACCCUGCGAAACAUUGAUGGAGGAGCAGGUGUGAAACUGAUAUGGUGGUAUGUUGCAGCCGUGGAGAAUAGCCACGCAAUGGGGAAAAUGGCAGGAGAAACACAAUUUGAUGCAAAAUUCUUCAGCUGCGACGAAGCUAUCGAGAAGCUGACAUUUGAGAAUGACCGCGACAUUCUCCGGAAAGCUAUCGUCUUGGUGAAGCAGACACUCUCUCGAUAA